GCUCAAACAACCACCACCUCCUACCUAGUUACCUUCCACCUCAACCACCCGACCCAAACAACAAUCACCAGACCCCAACACCAAAAACCCCCCACAGACCGCAAAACAAAGAUGUUGAUAAUCGGUCUGACCGGCUCCAUCGCCACCGGCAAAUCGACCGUCUCCUCGCUCCUCUCCUCCCCGCCUUACUCCCUGCCCAUCAUCGACACGGACCUACUGGCCCGCAAAGUCGUCGAACCAGGCACGGAAGGCUACAAAGCCAUCGUCAACUACUUCGGCCCGACGACCCCGGACCUCCUUCUCCCGCCGUCCCCAGACUCCUCAUCCUCCUCAUCCCCCAAUGACACCCUCCCCCCCACAAGCGAAAGCGCCCCCCGCCCACUCAACCGCCUCGCCCUAGGCCGCCGCGUCUUCGGCACAACCGAGGACCGCAAACGCGACCGCAUGAUCCUCAACAAGAUCGUGCACCCGCUCGUCCGCCGCGAGGUCUACAAGGCGCUCGCGUACUACUACGUGCGGGGCCACUGGGCCGUCGUCCUCGACGUGCCACUGCUGUUCGAGAGCGGGAUGGAUCUGAUCUGCGGCACGGUCGUGGUGGUGGGCGUGCGCGACCCGGCCGUGCAGAUGCAGCGGCUCCGCGCUCGCGACCCGCAUUUGUCGGUGGAGGAGGCCGAGAAUCGCGUCCGGAGUCAGGGCGAUGUCGUCUCCAAGGCGGCGCGCGCGGAGUGGAGGGGCCAGCGCAGGGGGCUGGUGGUGUGGAAUGAUGGCGACAAGAAGCAGUUGGAGGGGGAGGUACGGCGCGCGUUGGACGUGGUGCAGGCGUCCAGUCCUAGGUGGUGGGCUUGGGUGCUCUUGGUGCUGCCGCCGGUUGGGGUCGUGGCGGCGGUGUGGAAUCUUGGGGUGAAUUUUUGGGGGCGGAGGGGUUGGGAGGCUGGGGAGAGGGAG